GGCCACAGCCACCGCUGACAGCAGCCCCGGUGCCGCUGAGCAGUCGCGUCCCGCGCGGCGCUCUUCCCAAGUGCGAAGCAUGCCACUCCGCGUGGAAAUACUUCCGCCGCAGCCGCUUUCCACCUGUGGCUAACGAUUGCCUCAAAGGGACAUGACGUCGCAACCCGGAGCGCCCGUCCGUGGGACGCGCCGGACCGCUCGCACGUUUCUGAUUCUUGUUAUCUCGCUCACUUUCCCCAGUGCUCUGUGUCAGGUGUUUCAGCACAGCAAAAUUUCUUUGCCCGGAGCUGCGCUAGAAACGAGGGAGGAGGCGCUGAAGCUGAAAGGGCCCCACCGUCCGCCCGAGAUCUUGGUGCUCGCGCCGGAUGACGACAUGUUUCCUUACUCGUUGCACAAGGUCGUUCCCGCGGUGAUGGUAGCCGUCGAUUACCUGCAGCACAGCAGAAACCUCACGCUCGUGGUAAACUACAACAACACCAACUGUUCGUCGUCGCACGGGCCGCUGCUGGCGUUCGACCACUACAUCGCCGGCAAGGUGGACGUUUUCCUGGGGCCGACGUGCUCCUACGUGCUGGCGCCGGUGGCGCGCUACAGCGCCGAGUGGGACCUGCCCGUGCUCACGUCGUCCGGCCAGAACGACAACUUCGACAUGAAGCACCCCAACUACCGCCUGCUGACGCGCAUGAACGGCUCCUUCACCCAAGUGGGGCAGCUUUUCAUCGAGACGCUGCGCCGCUUCGGCUGGCAGGUGGUCGCUUUCCUCUUCCACGAGUUCCGCGAGCGGACCAAGGGCCACUCGGACUGCUUCUUCAACCUGGCCGCUGUUUUCAACGCUCUCGGGGGUGGGCAAAUGUUCCACCAGAAGUUUGACGAAGAAGAUCCGAGCCUAGACCUCGAAACGCUCAUGCAACAGGUGGCACGUAACGCUAGAAUCGUCGUCAUCUGCGCAUCACCCGACACGGUGCGAGAGAUUAUGCUCACAGCAGAUGAUCUUGGCAUGGACAACGGCGACUUCGUAUUUUUCUCCGUGGAAUUAUUCACCACGCGCAACACGAGCAACACGCGGCCAUGGUACCGGGAGACCGACACAGCAGAGCGCAACCACCGCGCUCGGAAAGCCUACGAGGCGCUGCUCGUGGUGCAGACGCGAAUCCCCGAGACGUCCGAGUUCUCGCACUUCAAGCAGGCUCUGCAGGAGACAGCUCGCAAGGAGUUCGAGUUCGACUACAACACGGACGAGGUGAACCCUUUUGUCUCCGCCUUCUAUGAAGCCGUAAUUCUGUACGCCCUGGCCAUCAACGAAACCAUAAUCGACGGCAUGCCCAUCACAAAUGGAAGUUACAUUACACAAAAAAUGUGGAACAGAACAUUUGAAGGAAUCACGGGCGCAGUGAGAGUGAACGAGAAGGGAGACCGAGACUUGGACUACUCGAUCCUGGACAUGAACCCGGAGACAGGCCAAUAUCACGUGGUUGCCAACUACUUGGGAAUGCGGCACGAGUUCGUGGACGUGCCCAACCGCACCAUUCACUGGGCCGGAGGGCGCACCUCGCCUCCUCCCGAUGUACCCCGCUGUGGAUUCGAUGGAUCGCAGUGCGCCGACGAAAGCCAAGGCAAAUACAUGAUCAUCACCUCAGUACUUGGAACCCUGAUGAUCAUAGUCUGCCUCGCCUCCUUCUUCGUUUACAGGCACUUUAAGUUGGAAGCGGAGCUUGCAUCCAUGACAUGGAAAAUUCGGUGGGAGGACAUCAAUCAAACACUCUCCAACAAGCACGGGGCCUUCGGAUCAAGAAUCAGCUUCGGAAAAGCGGGUAGCAGCACGUCGUCAGAAACGCUGGCGCUGCGAAAUGACAGACAGAUGUUCAUUCGAACUGCCUACUACAAGGACACCCUCGUGGCAAUUAAGCCAUUGAACAAGGCAAGGAUAGACAUCACCAGAUCCCUUCUUCUGGAGCUGAAAUACAUGAAAGACCUCCAGCACGACCACAUUGUUCGGUUCAUUGGAGCUUGCAUUGAUCCACCGCACUGUUGUCUUGUCAAGGAGUACUGCCCGAAAGGAAGCCUUCAGGACAUCCUGGAAAACGAGGAGAUUAAGCUGGACUGGAUGUUUCGCUUCUCCCUCAUGCACGAUCUUGUCAAAGGCAUGGCGUACCUGCACAACAGCGAGAUUCACAGCCACGGUAACCUGAAGUCGUCGAAUUGCGUGGUCGACAGCCGUUUCGUGCUCAAGAUCACAGAUUUUGGGCUGCACAACUUGCGCGCCUACGACGAGAACGAGAACGAAGACACUUACGCCUACUGGAGGAGGAAGUUAUGGACAGCACCAGAGCUUCUACGAUCCCCGGAAGCCCCCGUAAGCGGGACGCAGAAAGGGGACGUUUACUCGUUUGCAAUCAUUUCGCACGAGAUCGCCGUUCGCCAGGGAGUUUUCUACUUGGGAAAUAUUGACAUGAGCCCCAAAGAGAUCGUGGAACAAGUAAUAUCUGAAUCCAAGCCACUUUUCCGGCCUGUGUUCGACGAAGUCGAGUGUCCGGACGAAGUUCGACAACUUAUCACAAAAUGCUGGGCUGGUGACUCAAAUGAGAGACCCGACUUUCAGUCUUUGAAACCGCUUAUCAGAAAGCUGAAUAAAGAAUCCGAGAGCGGGAACAUCCUGGACAACCUCUUGUCACGGAUGGAACAGUACGCCAACAACUUGGAGUCUCUCGUGGAAGAAAGAACUGCUGACUAUCUCGAAGAAAAGAGAAAAGCCGAAGAUCUACUUUACCAGCUCUUGCCUAAAUCAGUAGCGAGCCAGCUCAUUAAGGGUCAAGCAGUCCGUGCUGAAUCAUACGACAUCGUCACCAUUUACUUUAGCGACAUCGUGGGAUUUACAUCGCUAUCUGCCCAAAGCACUCCUAUGCAGGUGGUGGAUUUGCUCAACGACCUUUACACCUGCUUUGAUUCUGUGAUUGAAAGCUUCGACGUCUACAAGGUAGAAACAAUAGGCGACGCCUACAUGGUUGUCUCUGGCUUGCCGGUCAGGAACGGCAUCAUGAAUGCACGUGAAAUCGCCCGGAUGUCACUUGCGCUCCUCAAGCAAGUGCUCUCAUUCAAGAUUCGGCAUCGGCCAGGAGAGCAGCUGAACUUACGCAUUGGCAUUCACACUGGGGCAUGUGCAGCAGGUGUUGUUGGAUUGAAAAUGCCACGGUACUGCCUUUUUGGGGACACUGUGAACACGGCUUCAAGAAUGGAAUCGAAUGGACUGCCGCUUAGGAUACAUGUCAGCUCAUCGACAAAGGAAGUUUUAGAUACAUUCAAAACGUUUCAACUGGAGUUACGCGGCGAAGUCGAAAUGAAGGGCAAGGGUAAGAUGACGACCUACUGGCUGCUUGGUGAGCAAGAUAGGGACAACAGCUCCACCGGUCCCCUCACACCUACGGUCCCAUCGACAGAAGUGCGCAAGGAGACCAAAAUAUGACCCACAAACUGCGUAAAGUUUGCUGCGUCAGCGCCGUCCGCCGCUCAAUCCUGACAUUCACGCGCUGAGCAGUGCGCCCACCAUCGUGUUCUCUGCGCCGGUACCAUUUUCUAGCUCGACACGGACGCCUCUGAGACAGCGGCUUCGGUGAUGUUGUGUUGUGCCCACGCACUUGAAACAGUGAGAAACGAAUACCGACUUCGACCUACGACGCUCUCCUCAUGUGGCGCCAAAGACACCGGCGUCCAGCGGACGUUGUGUGCAUUUCUUCCGGUGGCUGGUGUGCUUUCCCCGAAACAUAGCAGACCGCUUCCCGCCUAUGAGAACUUGUUUGUAGCAAGCUGUCUUGCGCAGGCCACAAAUCUGACCCUGUAUACCCCCGAAAACACCAGCGACUGAAUGAUCAUGCAAAGCGGUGGCAUUUGAAGGGCUUCGAGGUAACCACAUUAAAUAAGGAUACGGGAUGGAGCUAUCGCAGCGGCAUUGGUUGCACAAUGGCGAAGAUACAUUGCGUUCACUCCGCGAUACCUUCGAAGACCGCUUGCGAAUUAAGGACACACUUCUAGCUGUCUGUUCCAUUUGUAGAAAGUCUCAAGCUGUCGUACUGCUAGAUUUCUAGAAGAAAAAGCAGGUGUUGCUUUCGUGAUGCGAGCUUAGAGCGAACGUUGGCUUCCCCUCCUGUACACAACCCGUCCGUCACUAAUUAUGGAACCUGUAGAUGCCAUUUUAUUCCUGAAAAGCACAAGCCAACAAAUUCUCAUCAUUACCUCCGCUAUGUCUAGCGGAGAUAAUCACGGCAGACACCAUUUAUUCCAACCCUUCUAAUCCCUGGUCCCGUCGAAUAGCUCAGUGACAAGAAAAAAAAAAAAAAAAAAGAGGGAGUAUCGUUCACCACCACCAGUUGGGUACAGUUGGCAUCUCGCGUCUUGUUUACUGGAGGCAGGAUAUGAAAGAGGGGUAAUAGAAACGUUCAUGAUUUUGCUUUAUUAGCAAAACAUGACAAAUAUAAAGCCGAACUUUUGCCUGUAAAAAUAACAUUUUACUGAUCUAAAGAAAAAACGAAAGCUUUCAGGUAUAGACCAAGUAAGCCCUCCUCUUUUCAGCACACACCUGUAUUUGCAAAAUUACAGAAACAAGAUAAGCAACUCCACUUUAUUCUCAACGCCCGCAGCUCUGGUUAAACACUAUUCAUUAUUGGUCACUAAGAAAGUUUCUUACAAUCGCCUACCUCCUGCUGUAAGCGCCGAGAGCCAAUUAGAAGUGUAGAGAAAAUCCGUCGCCGACAGCGGAGACGCAACUGAGCUAUGUGGUGGAGCGCAUCGUCAGAUCUGUGGCUCCACCUAUGUUUGCCGCAAGAAAACACUUGGCAAGCAAGGUGAAGCUUCUGUCGAGCGGCAAACCCAAUAGAUCAAAUAAUUUAUUAUCGCUGCAUACUUUGCGUCUUAUCCUGUUAUACUGUAUUAUACGUAUUUAGAAAGGUUACAUAAAGGAGGGAAACUACUUAGCCAUUAAAGCAUUGUCUAAUGCCAAACACUCAAAAACGCAGGUGCCCCAGGUAAUUUUAUGGCCCAGAUUUAUCAUGUCGCUCAUUGCCCAUACCUUUUUAUUAGUUUGUGUUUAUUAUAUCCGUUCACUCGACGACAAAUCGGAUUUGUUCAUUUUUUUUUGUCUGUGUAUUUGUUGGAGGAACAUCGGCAGUUUCUUGAUUCGAAAGCCUAAAAACAGUACUUUCCCGAUCUUUGGUGUCACGUUAGGAGGUUUGAAACAGUUUUAAGCAAACCUGACAGAGUUCUUUUUCUUUCUGAGCGACGCUUUUGCAAAGAUAAAGGUAUUACUGGGACUGCACGGAUAGAAAACGACAAGGGAUGCAGCAAACGGCCAUUUUUUCUCAGAGCAGCCAAAAGUGCAGCCAUGUACUCGGCUCUACGUCCUCAUCAUUCACUUUCCCACUCAAGUUUUGCGUACACAGCUGUGUCAUGUUGUCUAUCUGCGCCGCAGGUCUUGAGGCGGAGUUCCAGAGUUGUGUUUCUGCACAGGGCGCCUGGUGUAUUGAUCAGGAUAUCACAUUUUGGUGCAGAGCUCGCGAGCAGACAUGACCAUUUCAACCUUCUAUAGUUAUACGAAGCUAAAAUGAUUGAAGAUCUUCAAUGAACUCUUGGACACGCUGAAACCGUUUGAGUACGUGUAUAAAGGUACAGAAAGAAAGAAAAUGUCAAAAGAAAAAGAAAAGUUUCAGCGCUCGCGCCUGCAUGUUGCAGAUAUUCCUCUUGCUGAUAUGGGCGUCUCAGAUAUCAGGAUAGAUGCUGUUUGGGGAUGUGCUAAAGUGUGAACAUGUCAUUACUCAUAGCUUGUUAACAUAUAACCGUUGUUGAGCCCUGUCGGGUACAAACUGGGCGGAAACAAUGCUGCUGGAGCUGCCGGCAGCUAACAUGAUAAUCUUUUUAAGAAUUAUGUGACUCAUAGUUGUCCUGUAAAUUUGUAUGUAAAUGAAUAGAUGAUGUGCCGUGAAGUAUUUUUUAAUUUAACCUGUGAGUCGUCGGGUCUUGAAUAUCUGUCUGAUGUUUUCCGAAUUAAAAAAACUAUUUUUACUGAGAUAUGCCCCAGGAACACCUAAAUGUAAUUUUAAUAAGAUUAAAAUCUAAACAUCUACGAAAUUAUUGAAAAUCUUAGCUUGUUAUUAAGCGGCUGCAUAACUAGUGCCGUUUACAAAGAUUGUGAUCUUUUUAGCGCUUAUCAAUUUUUACUGCAGAAUGAGUGAAAAUACGACCACCAGCAAAAGCUUCAUGUUGAACAAUGUGCCCAACGGCCACAGUGCAUUAAUGCGCAAAAGUAUAACCAUUAGCGUAUAAGUAAAGCCUCUUGUAGUUAUACACUAUUUCUGUAGUAUAUUUCUCAUUGCAGAUUACAUUUUACGUUAGUGUGCUGACCUCGAGCACUACAAACUACGUUGUUUGGUGCUCUGAGAUCUGAAACUAAUUACACGUACGACGCUACAUAUCUAAAGAAACGCGAUGAGUCAGCUGGUAUUGUGCAAUCGCUAACUGUGGACACGGGCAAAAAAUUCGAGACCGCUAAGCCUUUUCUCGUGAGUGCUUGUAUGCACACUCAAAACCAUAAUAAGCUCUUGCAAUUAUCCUGCGUGACGGCGGCCACGAUACAGUUUAAGCACAAAAAUGGAAAUAUUACGCCUUUCCGUUUGAUUAGCAUGAAUGUAUCGUAUGUGAUACCUGAACCACUCGUUUGAAUGCUUGUGAACGCCCUCGAACCCCUGUUUCUAACAUUAUUAGAUAGUUCACCGCCCUUUACAUGUGACAAUUGUUUUGACGGUCGUUUUACAAAGUUCAUGGGAAAGGGAACAAGCGCUGAAACAAUAAUUCCGGCUUUAAAUAUUACAGCUGCCAUCAUUUUACGCAUAGUUCUAGGACCAGAACAACUUGUUAGCGGAAAGCUUGUGAGCAACUGUCAGCGAAUAGGAAGUGUGCUUGCCGUAUCCCUUUUUUGUUUUCACAGGAAGUUAUUGCGACCUUAUUGGCGUUUUAUUCUCCUGACGCGCUACCACUUCAUCUUUGCAGAUAAGUUGUUUAGCACUGUUCUGUUCAGUAAACGCAUAAAUCCAAAAUAUUAGGCCAAUUUAAUAUGUUGCGUUCCACUUUUGCGAUUUUCUAAUGCUACGGUUCUUUCGCGGAAGAGGAAGUAUUUCUUCGGUGUUGAAAAUGUGUUGCAAUUAUACCCAGCAUUUAUUUGUUUCAGUUUCAGUCAUUGAACCUGCAAAUAGAGAAGGUACGUUCUUCUCCACACUAAUAUGACCAUCGUCUGUCUUUCAUUCAUAUUUACAAGCCUUGUGUAAUAAACGUUCGUUUGAAAACUGA